AUGCAUCGUCCCUCCAAGAUUCUCGGAUGCAACAGCCUUCCGAAUGCAACUUCUAUAGCAGCACCCUACACGGUUACCAGCUGCGAUUUCCUCGCGCCUGCUAUCAGGGCCGAUUCGGGCAUUGCUUCAAGAGGGCGGCACCGGGAAUACACCGCCAAAUACCGACGAGGCCCUGAAGCUGCCGAAAUUUCCUACAAUGCACGAUCUCGAGCCUCAGAAUGCCACCGAAGCCGUCCGUCGAUAACACGUGCAUCCUGCCUCCCCCCCACUAGCGCGCGGUGGAAGAGGCAUGGCGAGCAAGAGAAGGACAGCGGUAUAUCUUGGACCCAGCGCCGGAGUAUAAGCAGCUGCGUUGACCAGCCUCCUCCUCAAGCCGACAUAGGGUCGGAACGAGCAUCGAAACGGCCCCGGCGCAAUGACAAUGGAACCGGCUGGGACUUCUUCGACUCAAAUACGCUGGCAUUCGCAAGGAAAAGUCGACUUCCUCUCGCCUUCUUCCACGACCUCGACGUCCUCCAUAAGAAUGUAGGCACGAAGACAGCCGAGCAGGCGAAACACGAUGGCCCAAAUUCAUCCCAACCCCUCUUGAAAGAGCAGAUGGAACUCAUGGACUCUGUGAGACAGCUUGAGGAGAAGUUGGCGAGGGCAAAGAUAAGCUUGAGCGACUCGCUGCGGAAGAACCUCGAGACGCGAGAACAGCUUCCUGCAACGUCCUCAUCAGAGGCAGAGCAUCCCAAAGUCGUUCUGUCAAAGGGCGAUUACAAGAAUUUGGUUGAUCUCUACUUUCAUACCCACACCAGUCGUUUCGACCCGGAAUCGCCCCAUGCGUCUCCUACUCCGACCUUUUUGGAAGACUAUGUCUUCAAGCUAUCCGAGGACUUCGCGCCGCCGCAGGCUUAUGCGGAAUUUUACGAAGAAGAGGCAUACGAAUCGCCGCUAAAGGAAGUGGAGCGGAUGAUUAAAUCCAGGCAACUCCGGGAAGUCUCUGCCUUCAAGGUUUUCGUUGACCUGCUCCUUGACGACCGCUCUUCGAAUGCAGCCCUUUUCAAGGCCUACAAAAGGCUGCCCCAGCCAGGCGUUGCAUUCCUCCCAAAAGGAACCAUCAGGGUGUUCCUGCAACGCAUGUCAACGCCAUGGCAGAAGAGCGAGAAGUCGAUGAUCCGAUAUCUUUCCCUCAUUGACGACAUGCAAAAGGCCAAUUUACCAAUUUCGCGUGCAGAAUGGGCAUCCGCCAUCUACCUGGCCGGAAGGUCUUUCUCCAAGGUCACAGACACCGAAGUCAAUGCAGCGAUGCGUCUGUGGAAGCAGAUGGAGCAAGAGGCCGGGGUGAAGGCUCACCACGUCACCUUCAACAUUCUUUUUGACAUCGCCGUGAGAGCCAACAAGUUUCCCUUGGCCCAAACAAUCCUCAAGGAGAUGCACGAUCGUGGCUUGCACCUCAAUAGGCUUGGUCGUGUUAGUGUCAUAUACUAUCAUGGACUACGAGGUGACGGGGAUGCCGUCCGAAAAGCUUACCGUGAUUUUGUCGAUGCGGGAGAAAUUGUUGACACCCUCGUUCUGAAUUGUGUCAUGGCAGCAUUGUACAACGCACAGGAGCCCGCAGCUGCGGAGCAGAUCUACGAGCGCAUGAAAAGUCUACACGUCAAUACUCGCCGGGAGACUCGAGGUGAUGGUUCAACUGCAUAUUACCGACAGUAUCCGGGACCGGGGUCAGAGGUCAUUGAUCGCGAGUUGGCGGCGAACUCAUUGCACCGAACGCUGCUCUUUUCCCGGAGACUCAAAGAUAUCCUACCAGAGCACCACAAAGCACUACAGGAGAUCAUACCCCUCAGGCCAGAUCACGUCACUUACCGGACGAUGAUAUCCUAUCAUGCCAAUAUGUCUGGCAACCUCAACCGCAUCACGGUGUUGAUCAGUGAAAUGUCGGAGUUAUUCGGGCUACCAUUGCAAAGUAUCCACUAUCAAUUGCUCUUCAAGGGCUUCGCUCUCCAUGGUGCCACCAGAAACCCUGAUGCGGCUUGGAGCUUGAAACGAUUAAACAUGGCUUGGGAUUCUUGCCGGCAGGAGAUCAAGGACGGACAGCUCGCCCGCAGGCGUGCCAGGAUGACGGCCGAUCUCUCUAUUCCUCAGUUGCCAUCAAUUAGAGUCAUUAAUGAAGCGGGUACUGAAGAAGUACCAACGCGGCCCAUCAAUCAAUUCAAGCGACUGAGCGAGUGGGACAACUUUGUGUUGGAUUUAGCCGCCUUCCCGCGUGAACGGCGGAAACACAUCGAGCGAGUCCACGCCGAGCUAUUCGAUGAAGAACAUGAAAAGAAAGAGCGCCUUAUUCGGAACCCAUUCUCUCGUGUUCCAGUCAAGGAAGCGCCACCACAGAAGCAGGAACACUAUUACCCGCUGGGCGAUAUGAAACUGGACGAACAGGAAGGAGAAUACGUGCUUCCGUCUCCGAUCCUCGCAAUUGAUCCGUCCAGUGCCGAAUUUCAGGAUCCAUUCUUCCCCAAUCGAACUUCUUCCGAGGGAGCGAAUUCUCCGUCUGCGUCUGACACAAAUGAAGCGUCAGCGGACGCAGGGCUGCAUGACGACGACCACUCCUUGCUGUCCAAUCUUAAUGCAGGACCUUCCGCAGAAGGGCCUCCUACACAGCCCGACCAAGCAAGAGACACAAAACGCGAAGAUGAAGACGAGCGGGACAGCCAGCCGAUUCCCACCAACUCCAAGUACCAGGUAGAAGCGACACGAGCACUCGUCUGCUGGCUUCUACGAGCGUACGCAAACGCAACGGGCUCUCGGUCGCAAGUGGAAGAGAUCUGGAAUUCCGUGAGAAAGCUGUGGAGGAGCCGCGAUCCGAACGAUCAGGCGUCUGUCAUUCGAGUGUUGAGACGAUGUCUGCGGAACUGCGAUCGGUACGGACCGCCUAUGUAG